AUGCCUCACUCAUUCGGUUCAAGGGCGCGAACGCGUCACAUGUUCAAGCAGAACUUCAAGCAACACGGUUCUCCUAAUGUGUCCACUUUCCUCAUCGACUUCCGAGUCGGUGACAUUGUCGACAUCAAAGCCAAUGCUUCUCAACAAAAGGGUAUGCCCCACAAGUUCUACCACGGUAAAACCGGUAUCGUCUACAACGUUACUCCUCGAGCUGUCGGUGUUAUCUGCUACAAAGUAGUUAACGGUCGAUACCUUGAAAAACGAGUUAACAUCAGAGUCGAGCACAUCAAACACUCUAAAUGUCGACAAGAAUUCUUAGACAGAGUCAAGUCUAACGCCCUCAAGAAGAGAGAGGCUAAAGAGGCUGGUGAACACGUUGUCCUCAAAAGACAACCUGCUCAACCUCGAGAGGCCCGAAAAGUCUCCAUUGUCAACAACGUUCCUCAAACCCUCACUGCCCGACCUUACGAGACCACUAUCUAA